CACUGCAUGUCACGCUUGAAGAUUUUGGUUACGCGACCGCAGAGUUCAUUCAUAGCUGUCUUCUACCGUUUUAUAAAACACAGGGUGUUCUCUGGGUUUUCUAGAAAGACCCCCCAAUAGGGUCCCACUCAGACAUCAGCAGCUCCUACCUGCGGGCUCUGCUGAGACACCCGAAUUGUUUUCUGUAUGACGUCACCGUUCUCCACCGCCCUGCACAGUCAGUGAUUUCAGCUGAUGCUGGAGCGGAGAGCUGCGGCCUUCAGUCCGAUGUAGACAGUUUUUUUUUUUUUUUUUUUUUUUUUUUUGGACAUAUCCCCACAUAUUGAAAUUACGAAAGGUCAAUGAAGAAGCGACCUAAAUCUCGAGAAUUUUCCUUUUCUGAUGUUUCAAAAGAGUGCAUCUCAGUGAAUGGGGGUUUCUCUAUCUCCUGUGGGCUUUAGGGAGCUUUCCUGCAUGUAGCGGCAGGGGGAGAGCACAUCAACACCGGGAGGCAUUUAAAAGGAAUUGGUCACUGGCGGUGAAUGGAAAAGAAGAAGAAGAAGAAGAAAAAAGAGGAGGUUCGUGUGAUUCCGAGAAAGGUGUGUGCUUCAGGAGUCGCUAAUCAUCGGCAAUGCCAUUUGAGGGAUGGAUCCGCAGUUUGUUUAAAUUCAAUGCAGGAGCUGUGUGAAAUGGAAUAGUGAAGUCUUUUAAAAUGUAUUUUUCCUUCAACGGGGGAAAAAAAAAGAACGGGCAAACCGGAAUGGAAUAUUAUUUAUUAAAAUAUUGUACAUUACAACAUCGCAGAAACCAACAAAAAUGACCUCACAGUCUGUGUGCAUUGGAUCUGACAGUUAAUUAUUGUGAAGAUUUUAAUCCUGAGAGAGAGGACAUGUGACUUGACUUUUGAUGCUGUAGUAGUGUAGUCUGCAGUGCUAGCACUUCCAUGGAAACUCAAAAGGAACCUCGAUUUUAUUUCGUUUUUAUUUUUAACAUUCAGGCUUAGCGAAUUUAACAAUGGCCAACCACAAAACGGUGCAAGCGUUUGAUAAGCUAAAUUAGAACCCUAUGUGUUUUAACGGCAUUUCGAAGUUUUUAAGCACAGACAAGUUGUGCCAAACCGUUUAAAAAAUACAAUUAAAAAAAAAAAAAAAAAAAAAAAAAAAACGCUUUCGGGAAUGCUGCUAAAGUGAGAGACCCGUCAAAAUGUCUAAAGCGGCCACAAAAGAGAAGAAAUUGUUCAGCAAGAAGCUGUUUAGGAGGGGUUCAGCGCGGUCGGUGGGGAGUUUUAUGAGUCGAGUCCUCAAAACCCUCUCCACUUUAUCUCAUUUCGGCACCGAGGAACACACCGUAGAGCCUGAAAAGGAUGAUGGUGGCUUCACCACCUUCAUGAGUGGCGGCAAAAGCUCGGGUACAUCUGAUGUGAGCGACUGUGAAGGCUUCCUGCCGACUGGGGACAGGAUCCCCGGGUUAGCAGGGCUGAAGAACCAUGGCAACACCUGCUUCAUGAAUGCGAUCCUUCAGUGUCUGAGCAACACCGAGCUGUUCGCCGAGUAUAUCGCCCUGGAGCAGUACAGAGGGGACGAUGAAGAGGAGCAGGCCAAAUCCAAUGGGGUGCUGUUUCAAAAGAAAGGCUCUCAGGAGAGUGGAGAGGUCACGGAGCAGCUUUCUGGUCUGGUCAGAGCCCUGUGGACGUUUGAGUACACCCCGCAGCACAGCCGGGAGUUCAAGAAUGCCGUAUCGAAGAAUGCUCUGCAGUACCGGGGGAAUGCUCAGCAAGAUGCCCAGGAGUUCCUGUUGUGGCUUCUGGACCGGGUGCAUGAAGACCUGAACAACAGGGUGAACCCGCAUGAUAGACCCUCCAUAAAGCCUCCGAUCGAAGAAGAUGGAGCUUCUGAAGGACCGUCCCUUCCAGUCGCUAGCACUUUUGUACAGGAGCUUUUCCAGGCUCAGUACAGGUCUUCGCUGACUUGCCCUCACUGCCAGAAACAGAGCAACACUUUUGAUCCCUUCCUUUGCAUUUCCUUACCGAUCCCUCUGCCUCACACCCGACCUCUGUACGUCACCGUGGUUUACCAAGGGAAAUGCUCUCACUGCAUGAGAAUCGGAGUGGCGGUGCCCUUGACCAGUACAGUGUCCAGGCUACGAGAAGCUGUGUCACAGGAAACAAAGAUCCCUACUGAUCAGAUAGUAUUGACGGAGAUGUAUUAUGAUGGAUUUCACCGGUCCUUCUGUGAUGAUGAGGACGAUCUGAACUCUAUCCAAGAAAGCGAUUGUAUUUUUGCUUUUGAAACUCCAGAAAUAUUCAGGCCAGAAACCAUUCUAAGUCAAAGAGGGCUGCAAGCAAAUUUAAACCAGAACAACCUGAAGUAUGGCACAGAGCACAACAGGACUUCUUCAUACUUGCGUGGAGCGGUGAUGCCUGUGUUAUCUCCCAAUAAGAACAGCGGAAGUGAGAAGAUCAUUCUCCUGGUUUGCAACAGGGCUUGUAUGGGACAGCAGGGCAAAAGGUUCGGCCACCCCUUCGUGCUGUGCGUGGAGCAGACUGUGACCUGGGAUGUCCUACAGAAAGAAAUCCUGGAGAAGAUGCGCCACUUGUUAAGGCCUGGUGUGUAUAUUCAGGUCGGCCCCUUUAGCCUGCGUGUAGUUGGAGUUGUAGGGAUUACGUACCUUUUACCUCAGGAAGAGCGGCCGCUUUGCCACCCCACUGUGGAAAGAGCAUUCAAAUCUUGUGGUCAAGGCGGGCCUCCUCAUGUAAAGGUAGUUGUGGAAUGGGACAAAGAGACAAAGGACUAUUUGUUUGGGCACACCGAGGAUGAGUACGUCCCUGAUUCAGAAAGUGUGCACCAGCAGAGAGAGCAGCACCACCAGCCUCAGACGUGUACCCUCUCGCAGUGCUUCCAGCUGUACACCAAAGAGGAACAGCUGGCUCCCGAUGAUGCAUGGCGCUGUCCUCACUGUAAACAGCUGCAGCAGGGAAGCAUCAAGUUGAAUCUGUGGACCCUUCCUGAUGUUCUCAUUCUGCAUCUGAAAAGGUUCAGGCAGGAAGGCGACAGGAGAAUGAAAAUGCAGAACAUGGUCAAGUUCCCCCUAACUGGCCUGGACAUGACCCCCCACGUAGUGAAGCGCAGUCAGAGCAGCUGGAGCUUGCCCUCUCAUUGGUCACCCUGGAGACGGCCCUAUGGACUGGGCAGAGACCCUAAAGACUACCUGUAUGAUCUGUAUGCUGUGUGCAAUCAUCACGGGACAAUGCAUGGAGGCCAUUAUACAGCUUACUGUAAGAACUCUGUCGAUGGCCAGUGGUACUGUUUUGAUGACAGUGAUGUUCAGCCGAUCGCGGACGACGAUCUUUGCAAACAGACUGCGUAUAUCCUGUUUUACCAGCGGAGGACCACCAUUCCAUCCUGGUCUGCCAACAGUUCUGUAGCAGGCUCUACAAGCUCGUCUCUGUGUGAUCACUGGAUCAAUAGGCUACCUGGUAGCAAGCCGCCCAGCGUUGCCUCUGCAGCGUCUUCAAGGCGCACUUCACUGGUCUCUCUCUCAGAAUCUGUGGAGUUUGCAGGGGACCGGAGCGAGGAUGAUGGAGGAUUCUCAACCCGACCUUUUGUAAAAAGUGUCCAACGCCAGAGCUUAUCUUCCAGAUCUUCAAUGGCUAGCCCUUUAACGAUUAAUGAAAAUGGAAGCAAGCCCUUGUGGUCACUGGCAGCCAAACUACAAAUGAGAUCCAAUUCCCCGUCACGCUUCUCCUUAGAUUCACACUCUUCCUCUACUUUAGAAAGGAUCGGGGAAGCAUGCAAUGACAAAGUCUUCACUUCCUGCUUUGGGAGUUUCAGUAAACAUGAGCACAAGUCUAGCGGGAAAGCACCUCUCGCUGUUAUGGAAAGCAUAGCAAGUGAUGAGAACAGUCACAAGAGAUCCAGCACGUGUCUAGAUGAGCAGUAUACCAAGAGUACAACACAGACAGAGAAGAAGGUGUCCAAACCAGACUCUAUAGAUAACAACAACCAAGCAAACUCUGUCGAUCAGAGUCAUUCAGGUCACGGCUCUUCAUCGAAAGAUACAAAACAUCGAAGCAGCUCAGGGGCGUCGGGUCAGAAAGCAGAGAGCACAGCAGCUAAAAGGAGCUCCUCCAAGGCAGUUCUGGAGCAGGAGAAGAGUUCAAAGAAAAAACAAGUGACUUCAUCUGCUCAUUCAUCUCCUGUUUCUCAAGCUUCCUCCAGUCCCCAAGGCAAAAGCUCCCAGAAGACCUCCAGUUCGAAAGUGAAAGCAGAUUCCACCAAGCCGGCAAGCCAGAAAGCCACUUCAUCAUCAGCUCAGUCCAAAAAGGAUUCCUCCCAAGAAACUCAUUCAGGUGCCACGCCUCAGAAGCACAGAGCACCUUCAUCUCAGUCCUCUUCGCCAUUGCCAGCCUGGAAGAAGACGUCGACGGCAACCGAGAGGAGCUCUACCACCCCGUCCGCUGGGAGGAAAAAGCUGUCGGAAAAGAGCCUGAGCAGGGAGUCUUCUUGCAUAAGCCCCCUUGCAGAGACACCUGGUGUGACCAGAACCAGCAGCUCUGCCAGGUCUUUGCUGGUGAAAGGGAGUGACAGCGUUCGAGUGGCGCGCAGGCCAGUUAGAAGCUCCAGCAGCAGUUCUUCUGUUACAAGCUUGCGAUCUCCCAGUGUUUCCUCGAAGACUGAUCUCCGAAGGAACAGCAAGUCGGAGGACAAAGGGUUGUCAUUCUUUAAAACCACGCUGCGGCAAAAGGAGACUCGCAGGUCAGCAGAUUUUGGCAAGACCACGAUUCUGCCAAAGAAGUCCCAAGAAGUGGCCACAAAAUCUAGUUUGAAAAAUGGCACUGAGGCAAUUGAGGGGACGACUAAGGUGAUAAGUAUUUCUCCAGAACCUAAAACAGGCAAGGUUUCUGUGAAAGAAAAGGAGCCUGCUAAGAACUCCACCCCUGUCAAACGGUCUUUAUUGUCUGCAAGUAAAGCAAAGUCUUCCACACCAGAAUUGGGUGCUCAGUCUCCUGCUAAUGGGAAAAAGUCACUUGAAAAGACAUCAUCCUCCAGAAAGCUUUCUUCUAGCAUGCAGUCAUCCGCACGGUCAGUUCCGAAGCCUCAGUGAUAUUUUGCAAAGCAGUUUAUUUAUUUUUUUCCGGUGAUGCAGCUACUUUUUGAUUAUUUCUUUUUGUUGAUGUGCCUAAUAUAAAUUAUAUUUUUUUUCUUAAAGAAAACGCACUGUAAAUUUAUGAAAAUAUCUUUCUGUCCUGCCAUCAAACAAAAUAAUUGCCAUUUACAGAUCUGGCACAGUCUACUACUGCACAUGGACCGAAUAGUUGUAUAGAAAGUGUGUUUUAACAAAGCACUUUGUAUAUGUUGAAUUUAAUCUUUUUUGCAGAGGAAUGCUAUAUAACUUACCAGAGUCUACAUUCGAUUGCAAGGCCAUUUUUAAACUCCCUGUUACUUUGGCAUGCUUUGAAGAGGCAAGUUUUAGGCAAAUUUUGAAAAAAUUGAAUGGACAAGGGGCAAGCAAGUUUUACAGUAUAGUGUGUCGUAUUUGUAUAGCACAGACUUUAAGAUAAAAAAAACUGAGGCUGCUUUUUUCUAACUGUUUAGAGGGCAAUAUUUUAAAUCAAGGAUCAAAUAUCAAAAGGGACUAGAGCUUUUCAAAACUGGCUAUGUACUUAGCUUAGUAAAAUAUUAUUUCUUCACUGUCAAUGUCAUUUGUCCUGCAUUUUGAGAAGUGUAUAUAUUUGUUUCUUACUACUGAGGACAGUGUUUACAACAGUGACCCAAAACUGUCUGCUCAAUUACAGAGCAAUAAAAUUGGAUAACUAACUUCAUAAUCUUUAGCUUCAGAGCUCAGAGCAUCGUGAAAGCCAACGUGACAUUAAAGUGUAGACAUUGGUGCUUAGCGACAUUUGUACUUACAAUAUCAAGCUAUUACCAUGUCUAGCAUCGGGGCUACAGAAAGGAAGAGAAUCAUUUGAUCUACAAAGAUUCGGUCAGUAGCAUGUAGUUUCCCAGAACAGCAAAGGCAUCAGAAAAUCCUGAAAUGCUUUUUCCACUUAAAAAAAUAAAUAAAAUAAAUAGUAAUAAUUAAUACAAGUAAACACAAUGUACAGAAUAUGAGCUAGGUAUACAUUAACUGUAACAACUAAUACCUCUCACAGCUGUGAGCGCAGAAAAGCAUCUGCUACUGCAAAUAUCACUCAGGAAAGAGUUUUAUCACCAGUACCUUAUACCAGUAACUUAGUAUUUUACAAACUGAGCGUAAGUGAAGCAUUAAACACUGGUAUCGCAGAGUAAAUGUUAAGGUAAUGAUCGUAUGCCAUCGGUAUUGUUUGGUUAGUGAAUUCUGUUAGAAUAGGCCGUCAUAAUGAGCAUGUGACUAGGGUGUUCUAUAAAUCCCUUGUUUAUUAUUCUGUAGCUGUCAGACGUGAAUCAAAUCGCAUGCAGAUAUGCUUUACUGAAAAUCAAAGCCCCUAUGACUAUGUGAACGCCAUCGUUUUAAAUUUUUUUUUCACCCCAUUUUGCUGAGUUAGUACACGUGCAUCAAUGUGUGGUAUUUUACCAGCAGUAGCAACACAGAUGAUAUUAACACUUCUGCAAAUUUACAUUGUGAAAUAUUGCCCUUCAGAUUUCAUGAUGAUAGCAGACCACACCCAGUUAUGUUUUGCUAUUCACUGCUGCAGUGUGAUACACCACAUCUCAUUGCUGAGCGCAUUGCAAUAUGUUUAGGUCAAUUAUUUUGUAUAUGCCAUACAUGGCUAUUAAAUUCAGGGUUAAGUCCUACAAAGAGGAGCCAAUACUGUCUUAAAGGUAGCCUACCUGCCAUCAAACUUCAGGGGGUCACUGUGUUUAAGCAGUCAAACUGUUUAUGUUGUAGUCGUUCAAGGGAUCUAUUUUCUUGACCUGGAAGUGGCUGAUCUUUAAUAACGUUAAUGAGCGGGGUCAAUAAAUCACUCCAUGGGUAAACUCCAGCAAGAAAAACACUGAAUUAAAGGGUGUGGUAUUUAGAUUCUCCACUGUUUAGAUCAUUAUAAUAGACCCCCCUGGUGUCAAUCCCAGACACUAGGUUGGUCAUUUGACCACAAUCCCUGGCUUUAUUUGAUGAAAGUAGUAAUUGAAUAAAAUAUUUCAAUUGAAUAUAUACUGUACAUAUAUAUCUCAAUUAGAAUUGGCAACCCAUGGCCAGGUUCAAUCUGGUGUUUCAGUCUUCAUUUUCAUGAACGAUUGACUCUAAAUGUCUUAAAUGCGUAAAUGAAUAUACAAGAAUAAAAUACUAAAUGCUGGUCCUAAUUGGGUUCGCGGGUAACCAUUUCAUAAGAAUUUAAUUGAGAAUAAGUAAUAUGCUCUGUGAUAACCAGUGCACAACACAUUGCAGUGCCCUCUUCAAGACUUUCAAGAUCAUAUAAAAUACAGCUGUACCAACCUCCUUAGUUUGUAUAUGUAGCCAAUUGUGGCUUUUUUGCUUAAAAGUGGAGCUAAUAGCUUUUCACAGCACUAAUUUACAAGCAGAAAGAAAAUGCCAUUUUAAUAUUUAUGAAAGGAAUUUUGCAUGAUUCUGCUUCUGCAUGCACUUAACUAUGCAAGCAACUGCUGCUAAAGAUGGGCUGCACUGAGCUAGUAAAAUGUAGAAGACUAGACUAUAUUUUUACUGUAUUUUUUCAUAAGCUAACUGUGUAUCAAGAAAGCAUGGACAGUGUCCUUUUAUUUGCACAUCAGUUUCUGAUGGAUUUUCUUGACUGAGAAUGGUUGUUGCUAAUAAUCUGCUUGCCAGAACAUAAAGUAAUCAAAACCUUCUGAG